UGAUUGUCCCUGCCCGCAGCCCGUAGCGUGGCGAGCGGGCGCUGUGGACUGUGCCCUGCCCGGCUGCGGCCCUGCUCCCCCGGCGGCGCCCGGCCAUGGCCUCCGGCAGCGCCAUCCAGAUCCCCAGCCGCCUGCCGCUGCUGCUCACCCACGAGGGGGUCCUGCUGCCUGGCUCCACCAUGCGCAGCAGCGUGGACUCGCCGCGGAACAUGCAGCUGGUGCGGAGCCGGCUGCUGAAGGGCACCUCGCUGAAGAGCACCAUCAUCGGGGUGAUCCCCAACACCAGCGACCCCGCCUCCGACUGCGACGAGCUGCCUUCCCUGCACCGGAUUGGCACUGCUGCACUGGCAGUUCAGGUGGUUGGCAGCAACUGGCCUAAACCACAUUACACCUUGCUAAUUACUGGCCUCUGCAGAUUUCAAAUCUUGCAAUUGCUCAAAGAAAAACCAUAUCCCAUUGCUGAGGUCGAACAGUUGGACCGACUCGAACGAUUUACCAACCAGACUAAAUCUGAGGAGGAAUUGGGAGAGCUGUCAGAAGAGUUCUACAAAUAUGCAGUACAGCUGGUUGAAAUGUUGGAUAUGUCUGUCCCUGCAGUUGCUAAGCUGAGACAUCUUUUAGACAAUCUGCCUAGAGAAGCUUUACCAGAUGUACUGACUUCGAUCAUCCGCACAACCAACCAAGAAAAGCUGCAGAUUUUAGAUGCUGUUAGCCUGGAGGAGCGAUUCAAGAUGACUAUACCAUUGCUUGUUAGACAGAUUGAAGGCCUGAAGCUGCUUCAAAAAACCAGAAAACGCAAACAGGAUGAUGAUAAAAGGGUUGUAGCUAUUCGUCCUAUUCGGAGGAUCAGUCACAUUCCAGGGACUGCAGAAGAUGAAGAGGAGGAUGAAGAUCAUGAUGACAUUGUCAUGCUAGAAAAGAAAAUUAGAACAUCCAGUAUGCCAGAGCAAGCUCUUAAAGUUUGUGUAAAAGAAAUAAAAAGAUUAAAGAAAAUGCCUCCGUCAAUGCCAGAAUAUGCCUUGACCAGAAAUUAUUUGGAACUAAUGGUGGAACUUCCAUGGAACAAAAGUACGAAAGAUCGUCUGGAUAUUCGUGCAGCUAGAAUUCUUCUGGACAAUGAUCAUUAUGCCAUGGAGAAGUUGAAGAAGAGAGUUUUGGAGUAUUUAGCUGUCAGACAACUUAAAAACAACCUAAAGGGACCCAUCCUUUGUUUUGUGGGUCCCCCUGGAGUCGGUAAAACUAGCGUGGGAAGAUCUGUUGCGAAAACCCUGGGCCGAGAGUUCCAUAGGAUUGCCUUAGGAGGAGUAUGUGAUCAGUCUGACAUUCGAGGUCACAGGCGCACCUAUGUUGGCAGUAUGCCUGGUCGAAUAAUCAAUGGUUUGAAGACUGUUGGGGUUAACAAUCCAGUGUUUCUAUUAGAUGAGGUUGACAAACUGGGAAAGAGCCUGCAAGGAGAUCCUGCAGCUGCUUUGCUUGAGGUCUUGGAUCCAGAACAAAAUCAUAGCUUCACCGAUCACUACUUAAAUGUAGCCUUUGACCUGUCCCAAGUCCUUUUUAUAGCCACAGCCAACACUACUGCUACCAUCCCACCAGCUCUGUUGGACAGAAUGGAGGUCAUUCAGGUUCCAGGAUAUACACAAGAAGAGAAGAUAGAAAUUGCACAUAGACACUUAAUCCCUAAACAGCUAGAACAGCAUGGGUUGACUCCUCAGCAGAUUCAGAUUCCACAAGUAACUACUCUGGACAUCAUCACCAGAUACACUAGAGAGGCAGGAGUCCGCUCUUUGGAUCGGAAAUUUGGAGCUAUUUGCAGAGCAGUGGCUGUGAAAGUGGCAGAAGGACACCACAAGGAGACAAAGCCAGAUCGCUCUGAAGUGACUGAAGAAGAUUGCAGAGAGCAUGUCUCAGAAGAUGCAAAAACUGAAUCAAUCAGUGACACACCCGAUCUGGCUCUGCCACCUGAAAUGCCGAUAUUAAUUGAUUUCCAUGCCUUAAAAGAUAUCCUGGGGCCACCUAUAUAUGAAAUGGAGGUAUCUGAACGUUUGAAUCAGCCAGGAGUAGCCAUAGGCUUGGCUUGGACUCCUUUAGGAGGUGAGAUCAUGUUUGUAGAAGCCAGCCAAAUGGAUGGUGAAGGUCAGCUUACUCUAACUGGACAGCUGGGGGAUGUCAUGAAGGAGUCGGCACAUCUUGCAAUUAGCUGGCUGCGUAGCAAUGCAAAGAAAUACCAGCUAACUAAUGCUUCUGGAAGUUUUGAUCUCCUUGACAACACCGACAUCCAUCUGCACUUCCCAGCUGGAGCCGUCACAAAAGAUGGACCAUCUGCUGGAGUUACCAUAGUAACCUGUCUUGCCUCACUUUUCAGUGGGAGGCUGGUGCGUUCAGAUGUAGCAAUGACUGGAGAAAUUACACUAAGAGGCCUUGUUCUUCCAGUUGGGGGAAUUAAGGACAAAGUCCUAGCAGCCCAUAGAGCUGGACUGAAGAGAAUUAUCAUUCCUCAAAGAAAUGAAAAAGACCUUGAAGAGAUUGCAAUGAACGUGCGGCAGGAUUUGAAUUUUGUUAUGGCAAGCUGCCUGGAUGAAGUUCUGAAUGCAGCUUUCGAUGGGGGAUUUUCAAUCAAGACCGGACUUGAGCGCUUGAAUAGUAAACUUUAAGCGGAUUGGGUGAGAUAUCCUGUACAUCAACAUUAAACUCUCAUUCAACUGUCAGAUGGUAAAAACGUGACCUGCAGUGAUACAAAACAUGAGGGCAAGUAUUGAGGCCUCACUGUGAUGUGCUGUGCCACCCAUUAAAAGUUAAGGCUUGACUUUCAGUGGGGCCUCAAUGCCAGUUCUACUUGACUAUUACUAAUAGAAAGUGUGCCUGCAACUUUAUAUGCGCCAAUUUAUCAAACACAUUUUAUAUAUACUAGUUCUAUCAGCAGCAUGUACAGGUAUUAAUGGAGGAGAGUACACAUACCUGCUUGCACACCCAAGCAGAGACCAAGAGUGUGAAGAUUAGGGAUAUAUUUUUCGAAAGCACCUAACCCCCUUAAACACUUUUGCUCUAGAUACUUCAUGUCUCCGAUGCUCUAGUUUUGUUACUACUGUAUACAGAUGGGUUUAAUGAUAGCUCUAGUGAUCAGGCAACAGAUGUGUUACAUGAAGUUUAAUAUGGAUAACUUAUAUAAUUAAAAUAAAUGCACUGAGCUCAUCUGAAAAACUAUCAGUGAAUACUGCUUACUUUCCCAGCAAAAAAGUUGAAGUGCAUUAGUGUUUUGUCUAAAAACCUUGCAAAUAUGCAUUUGUUAAAAUAUUACAAAACAAGAAUUUCAGAGUUGUUUCAUUUAAAAAAUGUAAAGCAUGAGUCCCCAUAACCACCUUCAUUAUGCUCAGAUACCAUUGCUCGUGUCCUAUAUUCCCUAUUUUGUUCAUUUUUGGCUCAAGGCCUUAUUUUAAAGUGCCUAAUCUUAAUGGUCAGUGGUGUAUUUUUAACACAUCCAGCUGAUAUUUAAACUAACUUGCAAAAAGCUAGGAAAUAUUUGAUAUGAUGCAUUUGUGGACCUCACGCUAAAACUUUCCAAUAGGUAAAAUUUCAGGUCUCUUACAUUAGGUAUGGGAGAAGAGUGGUUAAAAUUUGACUUAAGACCCAUCUCUUCCUUAACUAGAGAGAAAUUAGUUUCUCACCUUAAAUCAGCACAAAUAUUUAAUACACGUAUCUGUGAUAAAUGAAAUGGAGUUGUGUUGGGGGAGGUGCUCAUAGAUGUGGAAUAAAAUACAAGAUUUCACAAACCAGAGUUGCAGUCAAAAUGCAAAUAUUCACCCAGUGAAUGCCACCAAAACUACUCCUUCACAACAGGAAAAAAGAUAGGAGACUAAAUCUAAAAGCAGGUCAGGAAAAGACUUGUGGGAGAGCAUAUUGGAAAACACAUACAAAUAUUGAUUAAUCACUUCUGUGAAGCAUGUCUUAUCCCCCUUUUAAUGGAUAAAUGAUAUCUGCCUGAGAAGUGGUGUCCAGCACAUUAUGCAUAAGGUUCUAAGCCUGGCUUUGCCACUGAAUGGCAGGACAGUUAAGCAAAUUAAACAUCUGAACCUAUUUUCCCCUUGUGAAAAAGAGUUAUUUUAUUCUUAAAGGUAACUCUCAAACAUUUUAUACCUCAUGACAUUCCUGUGAGAGAUAAUAAUCAUAAGGAUCAAGUCAUUAAAGCCACCCAGUGCAGCAGAGCCAGGAGUGGAAUUUGACUUCCUGAUUUGCAUCACUGAUUUUUUCCACUAGACUGUUCUCUCCUCUUUAUGGUCUUAUUCUGAUGAGGACAUUGAUCAGGCCAUGCAGAGCAAUUUUAGCUUCAAAGUACUAAUAAACACCAACAUACAGGCUGUUUUUUAAGCCUUCACUAGAUACCAUACAUGAAUGGAGGCUCUCUCACACUAAUACUGGGGUGGGCAAACUACAGCCCACAUCAGACCAUUUAAUCCAGCCCUCAGCACCUGCUGGGGAGCAGGGUCAGGGGUUUACCCUGCUCUGGCUGGGGGCCAGGGGCUUGCCCCACUCCCUGCAGCUCUGUGUGCUACUGUGGUUCCUGGCCAAAGGGAGCUGCAGGGAUGGCACCUGAGGACAAGGCACAAGAGCUGCCUGGAGGGGGGACAUGCUUCUGGGAGCUGCUUUGCUCAACAGCCUGAUCCCCCUCCCUCACCCUGAACUCCUCAUUUCUGGCCCCACCCCUACCCCCAGUUUCAUGAGCAUUCAUGGCUCACCAUACAAUUUCCAUACCCAGAUGAGGCCCCCAAGCCAGAAAGUUUGCCCACCCCUGCACUAAUACCUAUUCACACAUUCAAAAUUGUGUACAUGCUAGUGGAGAGAAGGGUGAGUCCCCACUGGAAAUUAUGGCCUCUUAAUUAACGCAGAGUUUUGGAAGAGGAUGUUAGAGGAUUCUUAAAAUAUGCAAAGAUUCUUAAUUUUUUUCUCCCAACAGUUUAGUAUUUGACUUCAUUCUCUCCUGGAAUUUCUAAAACCAUACUCUUCUGGCAGAGCAGCAGUCAUGAGAAAUUUGACAAAUCAGAUGAGUUUUUAAAAAGGUAGAUUUUUUGCAUGGGGAGGGACAAAAGUCAGGCUUAUACAAAGAAAGACUCCUUAAAUCUCCCUUGUGGAAAAACUGGAUGCUCAAAUGAAAAGGGAACAUUUUGAUUUGGUGUUUUAAAAGCUCCAAAAUUCAAUUAGUAGUUGUUGGUAUAUAAACACUUCAGAACAAGAGUAUAGAAAAAGUAUACCCUUAAUUGUCAAAUUCUAGUUUCCUUUACCACUCUACCCUUUGUAAAGAAUCAUAUUAGUCUCUUAACCUCAUGUAUUUUUCCACCCUCUUAUAUGAGGGCUGUAAUUUAAGCUACCAACUUCAGUCUACACAUGUGUUUUAAAUUAUGGGGAAGAUGAUUAUAUUCUGUGACUAGGAGUCUCUUAAUGUUAUUUUCCUUAUGUUAGGUCAUGAAGAAAGAUUAAAGUCUUGUAGUAAUGCUGAUCUUUGUAACUUAAUUUUUCAGUUUGGUAUUCGAUUAAUAAAGGUUUGACCACUUCUUGCAA